CCCGCCCCCAGCAUCCUGUGUCGUGGUGCGCUGAGCUGCAGACGAGCGUCAUGGCUGCUUCGAGACCGCCCCAGGUCCAGGAGCUGCUGGCCGAGGCUCGGCGAGCCUUCCGGGAGGAGUUCGGAGCCGAGCCUGAGCUGGCCGUGUCGGCCCCGGGCCGCGUCAACCUCAUCGGGGAACACACGGACUACAACCAGGGCCUGGUGUUGCCCAUGGCAUUGGAGCUUGUGACUCUGCUGGUAGGCAGCCCCCGAACAGAUGGGCUUGUCUCUCUUCUCACCACCUCUAAAGAUGCUGAUGAGCCCCAGCGACUGCAGUUUCCACUGCCCACAGUCCACCGGUCACUGGAGCCUGGAACUCCCCGAUGGGCCAACUAUGUCAAGGGAGUGAUUCAGCACUACCCAGCUUCCCCCAUCCCUGGCUUCAAUGCAGUGGUGGUCAGCUCAGUGCCCUUGGGGGGUGGGCUGUCCAGCUCGGCUUCCUUGGAAGUGGCCACGUACACCUUCCUCCAGCAGCUCUGCCCAGACUCGGGGGCAGUAGCUGCCCGGGCCCAGGUGUGUCAGCAGGCCGAGCACAGCUUUGCAGGGGUGCCCUGUGGCAUCAUGGAUCAGCUCAUCGCACUGCUGGGGCAGAAGGGCCACGCGCUGCUCAUUGACUGCAGGUCCCUGGAGACAAGCCUGGUGCCGCUGUCGGACCCCAAGCUGGCCGUGCUCAUCACUAAUUCCAACGUCCGCCAUUCCCUGGGUUCCAGCGAGUAUCCCUUGCGACGGCACCAGUGUGAAGAAGUGGCCAAGGCACUGGGCAAGGAGAGCCUUCGGGAGGUGCGACUGGAGGAAUUGGAGGCUGGCAGAGAGCUGGUGAGCAAGGAGGGCUUCCGGCGGGCACGGCACGUGGUGGGUGAGAUCCAGCGCACAGCCCAGGCAGCAGCUGCCUUGAGCCGUGGAGACUACAGAGCCUUUGGCCGCCUCAUGGUGGAGAGUCAUCACUCACUCAGGGAUGACUAUGAGGUGAGCUGCUCUGAGCUAGAUCAACUGGUUGAGGCUGCACUGUCUGUGCCUGGGGUUUAUGGCAGUCGCAUGACAGGUGGCGGCUUUGGUGGCUGCACAGUGACACUGCUAGAGGCUUCUGCUGCUUCCCGCACCAUGCAGCACAUUCAGGAGCAGUACAGUGGUACCGCCACCUUCUACCUCUCCCAGGCUGCUGAUGGAGCCAAGGUGUUGUGCUUGUGAGGCAGCCCUGGCACAGCACAUGCCAGCAUGGGCCGAGGUGGCAGGCCAUGCAGCUCUGUGUCUGGCACCACCUUCCUCAUUUGGGUGCUUAAUAAAUAUGCCUCUGACUGUG